AUGAGUUUCGCGUUCCUUCUCCUCACAAGCGCUUUACCAGUGGUCAAAGUGUGCCUGCUAUCUCUGGUGGGAGUGGCACUAGCACAUCUGGGAGUCUUGGAUGCCAAGGGUCGCAAUUCAUUGAGCAAAUGCAUCUUCUAUUGUUUCAUCCCCAGCCUCACUUUCACAAAGCUGGCUGCCUCGGUUGACCUGACCAACAUGGGUCGCUGGUGGUUCCUGCCAGUCAAUGUCUUGCUCAGCAUAAUUGUUGGCAUGGGCAUUGGAUGGGUCUUUGCGCGCGUGCUCAAGGCCCCCAGGCAUCUGCAGCCACAUGUCAUCUGCUCCAUAGCAGCAGGCAAUGUGGGCAAUCUGCCGUUGGUGCUGGUGGCGGCACUGUGCGAAGAUCCUUCGUCGAUGAUAGCCAAUGCUGUGCCUGCGGGCAAAUGCACGGAGCUGGGCAUUGCGUAUGUGGUGUUCGCCAUGUGGGUGGCUGGGCUCUUCCAGUUCUCCGUCGCCUAUUUUCUCCUCAAGCCCUCUCCAGAGGACACAGCCGACAAGCUGCCGACAGUGCUGCAAGAGCAGCCGGGGCACCUGAGGUUGGGCAGGGCCCUUCAUGGAGCAGCCAACUUUGAUGUCCUGGAGUUGCAGCCGCUCAGAGACUACCGCGCAGCCGCCUCUGAUAUCAUCAACCCUGAGCGCAGCGUGCAGAGCGCGCAUGCAAUGCUGAAUAUGCCGGUGCUAUCGGCGUUCGCGGGGCUGUUUGUUGGGUGCACUCCAUUUCUCAAAGGGCUCCUUUUCGGGCCCUCUGCCCCAUUCGGCUUUGUCAAGGACUGCCUGGAGGUGCUUGCAGCGCCCAUGAUCCCCUGCAUGAUGAUGGUGCUGGGCGCUGUGCUGUACAAGGGCCCAGGCAGUGCUUCUCUGGCCCCCCGCCUCAUUGUAGGCGUGGCUUUUGUGCGCCUGCUGCUCGUGCCACUCCUUGGCACACUGUUGGUGUUGGGGCUGAGGAGGGCGGGUGUGCUGGUGCCCCCCAAUGCACUGUUCACGCUGGUUCUGCUACUGGGCCACAGUACUCCCACAGCCAUCAACGUGCAGACGCUGGCUACUCUGCACCAGAAUGGCGAGCAGGAAGUGUCCGCGCUGCUGUUCUGGCAGUAUGUGGGUGCCAUUUUCACGCUGCCCCUGCUACUCACUUUCUUCUUCCAUGUCCUGUGA